AUUAUCAGUGUUCAGGUUAAUCUGGAAAUCACAGCUGCGGGUCUCGAGGUAGCACAUAUUUUUCACCAAUAUGUCAGGCCGAUCAAGACCUGGCUAUUAUCGUCAGGAGGUAAAUAAAACCUGUUGGGAGGUCCCGGAGAGAUACAGAGAUAUGAAACAGGUGGGGACGGGGGCAUAUGGUACAGUAUGCUAUGCAUUUGACCGGAGGACAGGGGCAAAGGUGGCCAUCAAGAAACUCCAUCGUCCCUUCCAGUCUGACCUGUUUGCCAAAAGAGCUUAUCGGGAGCUCAGGCUGCUCAAACACAUGAAGCAUGAUAAUGUUAUUGGGCUCAUGGAUGUUUUCACUGCAGACCUUUCUGUAGACAGAUUCAAUGACUUUUACUUGGUCAUGCCUUUCAUGGGUACUGAUCUAGGAAAGUUAAUGAAAAUGGAGAGACUGUCAGAGGACAGGGUCCAGUAUCUGGUCUACCAAAUAUUGAGAGGACUCAAAUAUAUCCAUGCUGCUGGAAUCAUUCACAGGGAUCUCAAACCAGGCAAUCUGGCAAUAAAUGAGGAGUGUGAGCUUAAGAUCCUGGAUUUUGGUCUAGCUCGGCAAGCAGACAGUGAAAUGACGGGCUAUGUUGUGACACGUUGGUACAGAGCGCCUGAGGUCAUUCUUAGCUGGAUGCAUUACACACAGACUGUGGACAUCUGGUCAGUCGGAUGCAUCAUGGCAGAGAUGCUGCUAGGGAAACCACUGUUCAAAGGAAAUGACCACCUGGAUCAGCUGAUGGAGAUCAUGAAAAUUACAGGGACGCCCGCAAAAGAGUUCACAGCCAAACUACAGUCUGAAGAUGUGUGUUUCAGUCAUAUUUUCAUACUAAGACUAGUUUGCAGACCUCUCACCAGAUAUAUUGUGAGAUGUGAAAAUCAACUCACCUUCACUGAAAUUCUGACCUUCCAUCCGGCACCAGCGGUGGCAGAAUCCAAAGAGACGGCUCUCUGA